ACGCUAAGAUGAGACUAGAGGAAGACCUGGUAAUCCGCAGGAGUCGACCGACCAUGAUAUCCGCAAAGUAUCGUGCCAGAGAAGAGCGUAGACGUUUGCUUAAAAUAUCAGCCUCUAAACUCCGCAGUAUCGAAGAUCCAGAAGCUAGUCUAUGUAAAUCUGUAUUAAUAAACAACGCCGUAAAACGACUGCAACGUGAGAACACGAGAAAUUAUGGGUUACCAUUAUCUAGUUAUCUUGAUGAUUCGUCCAAGGAAAAUGAUGUUAGUGUUAAUCUUAUUGUUGGAGACUCUGAAUCCUCCAAAAAGAGACUGGGUGAAGAAUUACGCGGAAGUGAGGGUUUAAGUCCAAAGCGACAAAGGCAUGACGAUCUGGACUUGCAAGACGAAGUGUUCAGCGACUUUUACAUACUGCCACCCACCCCGCGCCUGCUGUCCCACAUAGACGACCUGCCGGAUCAACAGUCGGAUAACUCCUUGGCGAGUUAUCACCAGCAUGAUAAUCGGCUGGGAUCAACGAGCGAGCGUUCGACGACAUCUACCAAUCUCUUCUCGGCGGACAUUGUCGACACGUCGCUGUCGUCAAUCGGUCGAUCCACAGACUCUAUAAGCUUAAUGGACGUGACGGACGUCGGGGGCGACACCGACAGAAUUUGCGACUUCUCCAGAUUUUCCGACUCAAAAACUCUAGAGGAGCGGCUAGUGGAGUUUCACUCCCUCGACGAGCACUUUGACCUCACCAAAUUCGAGAGAAAUAACAACCAGAGUUGCGGGAGAGCCUUUCAUGACAUCCAGACCUUCCACAGUCUUGUGCCCGGUCUUGAGACCUAGACCAAAUUUAAGUCUGAUGACACAUCGGAGGUGCCCGUGCGCCGCUAAUUAUAUCAGAUUUUUUAUAAACAUAAAUUUAAAUAAUUAAUAAAAUGAAUAAAUAAAUAAAUUUAAAAAUUGCGUCGGGUGAAACAAUACUCUGGCGUUUAGAGACUGUCCCACUUGCAUCGAGACUGGAUACCAAUAACAAGAAUAUUAAAUAAACAUAAAGACACUACUGUUGUUACGGUGAACGUUAAAGUUUAUUAUACAAUAUUAAUAUCCUGAUUAUUGUCUGUUUGUCUGGUGAUGUAUAAGAAGUCGGUAAAUCGUCCAAGUGGAGGAGACUGCCUUAAUCGGAUUAGAUCACACGGAUACUAAACGUCGUUUUUCGCGACCGUCCGCAGCUGCAAUCCGUCUAGUUAAAUUCGUAAAUACUUCGGCAGCCAUUCAACCGCCAGUUUUAAGAAUAAAGUAACCAAACAAUGUGACUAUUAUUUUUAGUUAAACAACAAAAUUAUUGUUUGUUAGUUUUUAUUCAGUUUUUGAGCCAUCAAUUAAAACUACAGAACUUGAAGUUCCUCGAAAGUGAAAUUUUUUUGGCGAGCUAAGUGUUGAUUGAUGAGCGGAUGAGGCGUCGGCCGUUACGAAUCUUUUAUUAUAAAUAUUUAAUGUGUAUGUAUGCAUUUUUAAAUUUAAACAAAAAUUUAUAAAUAUAUAUAUAUAUACAUAUUAAUAUGAUUAUUAAAAUUUGUAUACACAACGUUUGUAUAUAUUAUAGAAUAUUUUAAGCGCGUAUGUCUCACAGAUCACUGUUUAAAUUUCCAUUGCAAUAAAUUAAAUAAAAAAAAUAUUAUAAUUAUAAUAAAGUAAAAACUUUUUUUUUCACUGGAAAGUUACUGUCGCUGAGACAGCGCACAUGUAUAUAAGAAUUAUUGAGAUAAAUAAAUGAUAUAAUAAUAAUAAUAAUAAUGAAGAAUAGUCAAGAGUAGAUAAAACUAUACCGAAAAGGGUGUAUACCGAUCGAAAAUGACAUAUUCAAAUUAAUAAAGAUUUAUCGGUGUCGCAUUACUGCGACUGGGCCUUAGUUAAUUUCUUCUAUUAUUUUUGCUCGUUUUUAUUAAUCAUUAUUAUUAUGAUUAUUUUUUUCUUUGUUAUUUGUAAUAAACGGUUCCAUUAUUUUUAAAAUGAAAUAAAGUAUGUAAAGAGUGACAGUGGACAGACAAAAAAACUUGUAGUUAGUAGAAUUUUUAAAAUUGUACUUUAGCUUCCCCGCGUAAAUUUAUUUAGACUCUACGGAUCAACAAAUUGUAAAAAAAAUUAUUGAUAAAUGUUUUAUGAAAGGCUUAUGUGAAAAUUAUUGUAAGGCUUAUGUGAAAAUUUUUGAUACUGAAAAUAGCAGACAUCUGAAAACACCAAUUUAUUGGGUUUUAAAAAUAAAUUAUGGAUCGAUGGCCUGUAUUAAAAUUUUCUAAUU